GGUUAUUUUAUCUAUGAAGUGUGGCAAUAUAUGAUUGUUUACUAAACAACAUUUUGUAACAUUUAAACAUCAACAUGUAUUCCUAAUUUUACAUAAUCUUACGUAUUAUUAGAAAUGCUACAAAAAUAUUAGAGCGUAAUAAUUGGAAAAUGGAUUCCAAAGUCAAACGUUUGAUAACCAAAAAAAUGGCCGUUUGCGACCGGUCAAAUCUCCGUGCUGUAGGUAUAACCGAUGGAAACAAAAAUUCUUCAUUGGUAGCAGUUGAGUAUGAAAAACCAGUAAAGAAUGCAGAGACUGCAAUGGUAACGAUUCCCGAAGAUCUGCUGGAAGACUCCGUGGUUAUAGAAUCAGCUUCACAGGCCUUGUCCAUUACCAUGGGCGCACCAUACUCACAAUUCAGGACAUUAAUGAGGAGUGAUUAUUGGCACAAAAUUACGGUGAUAGAUGGAGCUUCUUAUGAAAGUGACCUCGUUAUGAAACUCAUCAUGGAAACUGCAUCUCCAUUCAAUUUGAUCCCAAUCUUGUACGAGAAGAAAGGCAAGGAUGCCCAGUUCCUGGCGAGGAAUUGUGGUAGUGCCAUUGAAAAACUGUGUAGGAAUAAACUGGUUGUUAAAAAUCCACAUGGUCCUGAUUUUGCGAUUGUGAUCAAUCUCAAGUACGCAAUGGGCGACCAGAUAAAACUGAACAUGCAAGCUAGUUUCACGAAAGCUCUGCAAGACAGGUUUGAUUACGAAAAGAAAUCGUUGGAUCUCCGCAGUUUUCACAAACACCCACAUCUAGCAAACUUGGUGUUCUGCCCUCUGAGUCAGCAAAAAAUACUGCACUAUAUCUUGAUGAUGGCCAAGAAGCAGUUUGAGACAAACAUCGUUGAACUCAAUCUUGCCAACAACGACAUAGAGGACAUUCGAUCGUUGGAAAUGUUGCCUUCCAUCCAGCACCUAGACCUUAGGAACAACGGUAUUGAUGACAUUAGCAGACUGGAACCGCUGCAAAGGCUGAACAUACUUACCUUAUGGCUGGAUGGCAAUCCUGUGUGCGAGAAUUACGACACACAUGCACCAUAUAUAAAGGAUGUGAAAAACUAUAUGAAGACAUUAAAAAGGCUGGACGGCGUCCUCUUGGGUAAGCCAGGCUUCCCCGUGUACCAGCGCAACUUCCUAGUUGACCUGAGCAAGCACGCUGUGGUGGACCACUUCCUGGGGCACUACUUCAACCUGUACGACAGCGGCAGUCGCCUCAGGAUGAAGGGCUUGUAUCACAGGAACGCCCUCUUCUCCAUGACGGCCGCGUACCUGCCUGGCCAGAAGACCUCCAGCACGGCCAGGUUGACCCAGUACAUGAUAUCAAGUAGAAACCUUCUGAAACUAUCAGAUUAUUCCAAAGCGUAUUCUUCCAUCGAGUAUGGAGAGGACAACAUACUGGCCAUGAUACAACGCCUGCCACCUUCAGAUCACGAUCCUUACUCCUUCACAGUCGACACCGCUUAUGUCAAGGACAACAUGUUGACUAUUUAUGUAUGCGGUGUAUUCAGAGAACCAGCUACGACCAUGGAACCUUUGAUUCGCUCCUUCAGUCGAACAUUCGUGUUGCUGGAAGUGAAGCCAAAUGAAUUUCAAGUUGUAAAUGAGAUGUUGCAUGUUGUCAAUGCGACAACUGCCCAGGUUAUGGAAUCGUUCAAAUACAAGCGCCCUCCCAUCGUUGUGCAGAGCAUCGCUCGCAAUGCUGCUCAGAAUCUGACAGAGGUUGACAAAUCACAACUGGUUGGUAUUCUUUCUGAUGUCACAGAGAUGAAUCGUCAGUGGAGCAGAAAGUGCCUUGAAGAGGCAUACUGGGACAUCAAGGAUGCACUGAUAUCGUUCACUGAACUAUACAAGAGAGGACGUGUACCUGCAGAAGCAUUUGUGAAGUAGUGGUUCCAAAUGUUUAAUUCCAAAUACUUUUGUUAAAUUUAUUUAUAUGUAUGUUUAUUUGUGUAAUGUAGUGGUAUUUGCUUACAUCAUUUUACAUUAUUUGUAUGAAAACUAAAAAUAAAAGAAAAAAAUA